ACUGAACACUUAAGAAGAGGAAGUUGCAAAUUUAAACCAACUGUUUUCUGUCAGCUGCGGAAAACAAAGUAACUUAAAAAAACGACCUAAUAGUCAGAAAUCAUCCUUUUCACCUUUAAACCAAGAAAAGAGUAUUUAGCGAAAUUGUAAUUGGUUAGGCACACAAAAUAAAAAGUUGCUUAAAAAAACAAGCCAUGUCGAAUCCAGGAGAUUAUUUUUAUGGUUGGAAUUUGUUGUAUAAAACGAUAGAGAAGGAUAUUAAUAAAAAAGAUGAUUUGCUUAUUGCUUUAGUCCAUUUCGUUUUGACUAAACAUUCGCAAUUUCGCUGCAUUGGUUUAGGGGAAAAUAAAACUUUGGCAGAAGAGGAAGAAUCUUCAGGCUCAGAGUUAUUACCGGAUAAUUGGAAUGCAGACGAACAUAACUAUGCUCUACGAUAUAUCUACGAUAAACUACUCUACAUUUUACUAGGUUUAAGAACUGAGGGUUCUAUAAUAAUUACUUUGCUGAAUGUAAAAACUCGUAAAGUUUCUAAUAUAUGCCUCUCGCCUGACGAACUUGUAAGCGACAUUAGGGGCUCCAUUACAAAGAUGAUACCAUCUGCAUCUCAGUUGACCGAUAGAUACCGCAGAGAAUUAUUAGAACCAGUUUAUCAAGGCCAAAACAAAUCUACUACUACACAGACCAACACAACAUCAACAACUACUGAUCGACCGGAUCCAUUACGUAUUGGAAUGCCUUUGCACCCUUUGGGACAAUACCAUCCAGCGGGAGUUGAGCCGCGCCCAUUCGGUUUCCCGGAGGUCGGACGUGGCGAUUUAGAUCCCUUUGCGCGCGGAGGUCAUGGCAACUUACUUCCAUUUCCAUCACAUCCGGGUCCUGGUGGUAUGCAGCCACGCUUUGAUCCUUUCGGGCCACUACCUGAUCGCAAUAUUCGUCCCCAUCCUAAUCCUGACCAUUUGCCGCCACCCGGUUUCGGUGGAGACUAUUUUAUGUAAAUAAAUACCAAAGAAUGCCUAACAACAAAGUUACACCAUUUUAUUUUGUAUUGAAGUUUCAUUUAUUGAAACAAUAAGAGCAUAUUGAUAAAUGUUUUGAAUAAGUGCUGUUACUAUAACAAUUCGAAAAUAUAAACCACGACCAUGGGUGUAGUUCGGAUCUCUUAGCCCAGAAUUAUCAGUUGACUUUUGAAAAAUGUUCAAGUUUUAAACUGAUCCUAUGGUUAUGAAUUUUGUUUCUGCUAGCGGUAAGUUGUUAUACUAAAAAGGGUAUAAAUUUAUAUAUUUAUGAUGCAGCUUCAGCACCCAUACAACGUAUUUCUCCACCACCGUCGGCCUCUUCGCCUAAUACCAAACUAAUAGUACCUAGUAGGGGGUAUUGAAUUGUAGACUUUAAAUGCUUUAUUGGCUUUAGAUAUUUAUAAAACUGAAGAAUUCAAAUAUCGUCCUGUUCAGUUCCCUC